AUGCAAGAAGACGAGAUUGUUGGCACAUUUAAAUGGAAGAAAGAAGGAGAAGCACCAAAAAGCUCACGACACGUUAAAGCUUCGCCUGAUCCGACUUACUCGUUUGAUCCCAAAGGAAAGAUAACAAAUAACCUUUUGUUGUUUUCAAAUAAAAAAAUAGCCAAAGAACAUAAGACUGGUGAUAACAAACUUUCUAAAACGAGCAUCCUGAGGUACCUAGGAAUUCUUCUCAACAUGGGAGAUCACCAUGAUGUCAUUAAUCCCGUGGAAGAGCUUUGGUCAAUCGACCACGGAAAAUCUAUUUAUAGAAAUAGCAUGCCACGUGACAUGUUUAAAUUCAUUUCUUCACACAUCGAAACUUACGAUGUGGGCCAGCCAGAUGAUGUUUGUGAUGAUGCAUCAGACACUUCAGAUGAUGGGGAUGUCGAAGAGAAAGAGGAAGUUGAUAACGGACCAGAAGGAGAGUAUUUCAACUGCGCGGAAUAUUCAGAUCGAGAUUUCAGAGAUCUCUCUGAAGAGCAACUCAGGAAAGAUGUCAGAAUCAAAAGGGGCAUCGUUGUAAUAGUGUUUCGGUUGACGAACAUUUGUGUUCUUAUAAAAGGCAUAUGUAGGCUAAAGUGUUUAUUAAGUCUAAGCCUGGACGUUAUAAUAUAA